GAAGUGGUGUGUCUGCUGACUGACUGACUGGUUGGUUGACUGGCUGCUGGUCAGCUGCUGGCUGCGGGACCGAGAAGGAGCCGCUGAUCUGAUCGGAUCCGCAGAGGAGCGAUGCUUUCUUUGGAGGAGGUCCGGCGCGGCCUGCACGGCGCGGGGCAGGGCCACGUGCUGCGCUUCUGGCCGGAGCUGAGCGCGCAAGACGCGGAUCGCUUCCUGCAGGAGCUCCGGCAGCUGGACCUGUCGGGGCUGAAGGCUCACUGUGAGCGGGCUCAGCAGGCUGCCGCCUCCCCGCCGCUCAGCCUGGACCCGCUCAUGGAGCCGGUCCUUCCGGAAAGUGUCGGCAGUGUGCGCAAAAGUGCGCCGUGCGCUCUGGAGCAGUGGCAGCGCGAAGGACUUUAUCAGAUCUCAGAGAGUCGUGUUGCAGUCCUGCUCCUGGCUGGUGGGCAGGGGACCCGCCUCGGUGUCCCCUACCCCAAAGGCAUGUACAACGUCAGGCUGCCAAGCGGGAAAACCUUGUAUCAGAUCCAAGCAGAGCGCAUUCUCAAAAUCCAGGAGCUGGCAGAUGUGAAACACGGCUCAAAAUGUACCGUUCCAUGGUACGUAAUGACCAGCGAGUUCACUCUGGCUCCCACUCAGAACUUCUUCAAGGAGAAUAACCACUUUGGUCUGGAGCCGUCAAACAUCAUUAUGUUUGAGCAGAGGAUGAUCCCGGCUGUGACCUUUGAUGGGAAGGUCAUUCUGCAGAGUAAAGGGAAGGUGGCCAUGGCUCCAGACGGUAACGGUGGUCUGUACCAGGCUUUGGUGGAUAACCAGGUGCUGGACGACAUGGCGAUGAGGGGCGUCCAGUAUGUGCACGUGUACUGUGUGGACAACAUCCUGGUUAAAAUGGCCGACCCCUUGUUCAUUGGGUUCUGUGUGAGCAAAGGAGCCGACUGUGGAGCAAAGGUGGUGGAGAAGGCGUACCCGUCAGAGCCGGUAGGUGUGGUUUGCAGGGUGCAAGGCGUCUCCCAGGUGGUAGAGUACAGCGAGAUCCGACCAGAGACGGCUGAGCUCCGAGGAGAGGGAGGAGAGCUGGUCUACAGUGCUGGAAACAUCUGCAAUCACUUCUUCACCAGGAACUUCCUGCAGGACGUAACCGAGAAUUUUGCAGACCAGCUGAAACAACAUGUUGCAAUCAAGAAAGUGCCAUUUGUGGACUCAUGCGGUAACGAAGUCAAACCUUCCAAACCAAACGGCAUAAAGAUGGAAAAAUUUAUUUUUGACGUCUUUCCGUUCUCAAGGAACUUUGUUGUGUUCGAGGUACUGAGAGAGGACGAGUUUUCUCCGUUGAAAAAUGCAGAGGGGGCGGCGACAGACACGCCUACCACAGCGAGGAACGCUUUGCUGGCUCAGCACUGCCGCUGGGCCGCAGCCGCCGAGGCGACGGUGCUGGACGAACACCAGAACACCGUCCCUGCUGCUGCCAGGGCACCACCAGGGGGCGCUCCUCCAGCACUGUGUGAGAUUUCACCGCUGGUGUCCUACUUUGGAGAGGGCCUGGAGCCGCUGCUGAAAGGUCGCACGCUGUCGACGCCGUUCAUUCUGGAUGAAAAAACGGUGGGAGAAUUGCAAGAUGACUGAAGCUCCAGCCAUUAAAAACAAGUUCAGUGUGACCAUGGCAAUGAUUCCAAGACACAAAUGUUUUUGGGUAGUUUCUGCCCAAUUGUGCACUAAUCACAACACUUUUUGUGUUUACUAAAACGCUGCCAACUCGCGCACUCUGAGCAGAGGAACACAAUGAGGUCAUGUGACAUUAAGAAAACAGUGUGAUGAAGAGUGAUGUCACAAAUCACAGACGUUUAUGCUUUUUUUUAAUAAAAAAAAACAAAAACAUGUUUCUGUAUCAGUUAAAGGAUUUUUAUGAUAUUUUGUGGAAAGUUUCAAAUGUCUGGAGACUGUUGGAUCAGGAAAAUCCUUGAAGGAUUCUCCACCAUUGAGAGGAAGUGAUGUUUGGUUCUGUAACAUCAAAGUUAUUGAAUGUUUGUCAAACCUGUAAAAGAUGAUUACAUGAAAUCAGUGAUAUCUCAGAAAUACCAAAGAUUUUUUUUUUGUAAGGAUGUACUUGUGGAAAUAUAUGAUAUAUUCUGAUCAGUGGUGAUUUCUUUUUCUUCAAAGUUUUUUUAUUUUGUGAAAGAAAACCUGGACUUUUGCUGAUUUU